CUGAGGAGUCGUUAUUGUUUGCUCCAAACAAACCAACCAUUUAUUUGUUGUGAACCUGUUUUGAUAUGCACUUCUUUUCAAUUAUUUUGAAUGAAUAUUUAAAAUGUUCUGUCCUCAAUUCUUUCACCGAAGGGAGCUCUGUGGUUGCUGAGUUUAGCCUUGUGCUAAGAGGGGAAUUACCUGCACAGCAACACAAAGUGUGACGCCGGCAAGUCUUCCAAUGUCCCUGUGUUGAAGUUGGCACAAAUUCUCUCUACUGAGACGUGAUUUAUUCACAGCUCGCAGCCAGCAAUUACAAUUUCCAGGAGUUUAAUUCGGAUUUCAUUGGAACCUUCACUUUUAAAAUCGCCUGCACAAGCCAGAGAAUCCAACAUUGGGACUUACAGGCUCACAACUGCGCGUCAAAACCAGCCAGGCAUGUUUUGGAUGAUUCAUUAUUGCCCUCUUUUUCCCCUUCACGUAUAUUUCUUAAUUGUGCUCCCCAGCUCUCCUGCUGCCAGUCAAUGUUAAGUGGAUGAAGUUAUUCUCAACUCUGGCACUCUUCUUUUGGCUGCAGAUGUCAUGUGUUUAUGCUACGUUGUUACGGCAACACUGCAAUUAAAGUCGCAGCUUACCUUUGCCCCAGAAAAGGCGUUAUUCCAUAUGGGACAACUUUGUUCUUUGCUCUUGUUCAGAAGAGCGAUCUUGUUUUCUUAACGCUCGAGUUAAAGUUGUUGAAAAACAUCUGCACCAUUUAACACCCAUCCAACCAACAGAAGAUCUGGAAGUCACAGGGGCUGUCAUGUCAAUAAGAUGAGUGCCAUAGGAGACAACUCACUGGAGCCGCUGUGCUCAGACCGCAAACGUAAACUCUCCACCUGUGAUACGCCGGGCCUUGGGUGUGACAAACGUCGACGGGAGCAGGAGACAAAGUACAUUGAAGAGCUGGCGGAGCUCAUCUCCGCCAACCUCUCCAACAUCGACAGCUUCAACGUAAAGCCCGACAAAUGUGCCAUCCUCAAGGAGACUGUGAGGCAGAUCAGACAAAUCAAAGAACAAGGGAAGAGUUCCUGCAGUGCUGAUGAUGUUCAGAAGGCAGACGUGUCUUCCACCGGUCAAGGGGUCAUUGACAAAGACCACCUGGGACCACUGCUGCUACAGGCCCUGGAUGGUUUUCUGUUUGUGGUGAACCGCGAAGGCAGCAUUGUCUUUGUGUCGGACAAUGUGACGCAGUACCUCCAGUUCAAGCAGGAGGAGUUGAUCAACACCAGCGUGUACAACAUUAUCCAUGAUGAGGACAGGGAGGAAUUCCAUAAAAAUUUACCCAAGACCACUGCCCCAAAUGGAGCACCAUGGGGAGGAGAGACUCCACGGCAGAAGAGUCACACUUUCAAUUGCCGUAUGCUGGUGAAUUUUCAUGGCUCAAGUCACGACGAGCGGCCUAGCGCUCAGCGCUAUGAGACCAUGCAGUGUUUUGCCCUCACACAGCCCCGGGCCAUCAUGGAAGAGGGAGAAGACUUGCAGUCCUGCAUGAUCUGUGUGGCACGUCGCAUCACCACGCUGGAGAGAACCGAGAGGUUCAGCACCCGCCACGAACUUUCAGGUAAGCUCAUUGAGAUUGAGCAGCAGAGUUCUCCUCACACCACGAUGCGACCUGGCUGGGAGGACCUGGUGAGACGCUGCAUGGCAAUGUUUCUCCAGCGGAGCGAUGGGCAGCCCUGGUCUUACAAACGCCACUAUCAAGACGCGUUUCAUAACGGCCAUGCCGAGACCCCGCUGUACCGCUUCUCGCUCUCCGAUGGCACCCUCGUCACGGCGCAGACCAGAAGUGAUCUCUGCCGGAAUCCCAACACCAAUGAGCCUCACUCUUUCCUCUCCACACACUUCCUUCAAAGAGAGCAAAAUGGCUAUCGAGGAAACCAAGGUGGUGGCAUGAGGCCUCAAGCCAUGACCAUGAACAACCCCAGUCAACAGAUGAACUCAGGAGGGGGGAUGGGCAUGAACAUGGGCUACAACAUGGCCGAGCCAGGGAACCUACCUCAGCGAGGAGUGGCGCAGUUCGCCGCAGGCAACCGCAUGAAUUCCAUGAAUCAGAUGAACAACAUGCACCAGAUGGGUCAAAUGAAUUCGAUGCAUCCGAUGAACCAAAUGGGCUCCAUGAAUCAGAUGGGCCAUCACAACAUGCACCAUCAACAGCAGCAGCAGCAGCAUCAGCAGCACCAGCAGAUGAGCCCUUUCCACGGAGGCGGCCCAGGAGGUGUGGGAAGUUACGGAAUGGGAAUGACAAGCCCGCCACUCACCAGCCCAGGGAUCAAUGGACCUCCACACAAUGUAAUGGGCUCACCCCGUGUUCGAGGAAGCCCCAAAAUGGGUGCCAGUCCUUUCUCUCCAGGAGGUCUAAACUCGCCGAUGAGCUCAAGUCUUCCCGGCAACUCGGGUUCUGCUGGAGGAGGCGGUGGCUCGUCCAAUUUCUCCAGCAGCUCCCUAAAUGCUCUCCAGGCCAUCAGUGAGGGAGUUGGUAAUCCGUUGGCAUCGCCCCUCACCUCUCCCUCCAUGCACAAGCCUGACAGCUCACCCAGCAUCAAUUCCACCAAUCAGAUGGCGGCAGGGUCCGGUAAACCCGGUCUCUCUACACACUGUGACUCCAAGAGCCCAGGUAGCUCACUGGGAGCGGCGGGCGACCCUCAGCAUCACCCACACACCCCCACCAGCGAGGGCCUUCCUGAGCGGCCCGACAGCCAGGCAGGCAGAGAGACUGGACCUUCCGUGGGGGAAUCGAACAGACGAGUCCCAGACAACAAAUCCCAUAAGAAGCUUUUGCAGCUUCUCACUUCUCCCACAGAUGAGCUGCCGCCUUCUACUCACACGGGAAGCUCUGGCCCCAGCUCAACCCCUGAGGCGAAAGAUGGUUCUCUUGGUGUCACGAGCCCUUCCUCCUCCACUGGGGUGUCCUCCUCCACAGGUGGGGGUCAUGGCGCAGUGUCCUCUAGCGGUGGUGCGGGGCAUUUCAGCAGCCAGUCACUACAGGAGAAGCACAAAAUCUUGCACAAACUUCUGCAAGACGGGAACACUCCCGACGAGGUCGCUCGCAUCACAGCUGAGGCAACAGGGAAGAGCAGCUUGGACUCGUGUGGACCAGAGGCAGCGUCGGUCGCAGGGGUCCGUGGAUCAGAAACAAAGCAGGAGCAGCACAGCCCCAAAAAGGAGAAGCCUCACGCGAUUCUUCACUACCUCCUCAAUAAGGACGACUCUAAGGACGGUGGAGAUAUGAAACCAAAGCUGGAGGAUCUGGAGAGCAGAGCGGCUCAGGGUGCCGUCAUUUCGAGCUCGGAGUCCCACUCUGUGGAGGGCAAAAUCAAGCUAGAGCCGUCUGAUGAGACUGAGACUCUGGAGAAAAUCCUGGGUGUUCCCGGACACAACCCAUGCUUCUACCCUGAACCGGACACCCGAGCAGGCAAGGAUGGAGUAAAUAAAGCAGGAAGCAUUCCCGACAGUUUACACGAUGCAGAGAGAGACCACAUACCCUCAGUCCAAAGAGCUGCCUAUCAGAGGACCAUGUCCAUGGAGGCCAAGAUGGGGUGUCCGGAAGUAGCAAUUGGUGGUGGACUCGCUGGGAGAAGAAACGUCCCUUGUCCAACAUUGAUCAAACAAGAGAGCAUGGACACGCCCAUCCGACCUGGGAUGAUGUCCAAUGGCUUCCCAGGCAAGGGUGUGUGUUCACCUCGUGGCACUCCGCUAAGAGGAAUGGGCAGAGGGAUGGGAAUGCCACAGCGACCUCAGAUGGGUGGACCAGGCGAGUGGGGCAUGCAGAGGCCAAACUCCAGCCCCAUGGGUGGACCAGGUCAUCCUGGCAUGCGCUCGGGCCCAAUGGGAGGGCCGAUGAUGAACCGUUCCAACAGCGUCCCUGGAAACAACAGGUCAAUGCUGCAGCAGCAACUUAUGGAUAUGGGUUCUAAUGAAGGAAACAUGGCUAUGAGCCCUUUCGGUGGGCACGGACCCCCGCCCCAGUCGCCCUCCUGGCCGGACUCUGCCAUGGGAAUGGACAGGCCGCCAGGCAACACUAAUAGGGAGCCGUUUGGACUACCACUGGACGAGCUUCUGGGACCGUUGGCCAACAGCGACGGGCCGAGUGAUGAGCGGGCACUCCUGGACCAGCUUGACUCUCUGCUGAACACAACUGACGUCAACGCGCUACAGGAAAUUGACAAAGCCCUGGGCAUCGCUGAUAUCAUAGGACAGAACCAGGGACCAGAUCUUCAGGACCCACACGCAUCAUCUGAGCAUUUCCAAGGACCAGAUUCAACCAUGGGCAUGGAGCAAAAACCCAUGUAUAGUCAGGGUUACCCCGGCCCGCCUGUGCCCCCCUCCAUGGGCAUGCAGCAUGGCUACACUGGUAACAACAUGCAGGCUCAGUCUGCUGCAGGACUGAACCCCAUGAUGAACCAGAUGGGGCAGACAGGGGGCUUCACCGGUAUGGGAGCCAUGGGCAACCCCCGUGCUAGCAUGAUGAGACCCCGCAUGAUGAGUGCCACCAAACCUCUGCGCCUGCAGCUGCAGCAGCGACUUCAGGGCCAGCAAUUCAUGAAUCAAACUCGGCAAGGAAUGAAAAUGGAAAACACUCCUGGAGCCAGUCCUGGCAUGAGGCCCGGCAUGCAGCCUGGCAUGCAGCCUUCUGGGAUGGGUGGUCAGUCGGGCUUCCUGAACGCUCAGAUGAUCGCUCAGCGCAGCAGGGAGAUGAUGACCAUGCAGAUGAGACGACAGCGAAUGAUGAUGCUCAUGCAACAGCAGCAGCAACAACAACAACAACAACAACAACAACAACAACAGCAGCAGCAGCAACAAGUUCAAGGAACAGUGGGAGGUUUCAGCCCACCCCCUAAUGUCACCGCUCCGGGGGGCAUGGAGAAUCCCAUGGGAGGUCCGUCUAUGAACCAGCAAGGACAGCAGGGCUUCAACUACGGCGGCAACUAUGGAAUGAACCAGCAGGGGGAGCCGUCCUUCAUGCCCCCUGGAAGCAGCCAGCCAGUAGGAAUGAUGGGUGCACGGAUGGGUGGCCCCAUGAAGGGGAACAUGAUGCCGGGGAUGCAAGGAAAUCCUCAGGCAGGACCCAUGUACCAGGCCGGCGACAUGAAGGGCUGGCCACAAGGAGGCAUGGCGCGGAACAGCUCCUAUGCACAGCAUCAGUUCCCCCAGCAGGGAAACCAGGGCCAGUUUGGAAAUAUGAUGAUGAACAACUCGAUGGGCAGAGCCGGCCCAGUCAGUGGUCCAGGCGCUGGACAGAUGCAAGGCCAGAUGCAGGCACAAAUGCAAGGUCAAAUGGGCAUGAACUCCAUGGGCAUGGGGAGGAUGCCCAUGGGACCCGAUCAGAAGUAUUGCUGAGGACCUGUAGCAGGAAGCUGGACGUGGACCCUGAAUGUUCUGCUUCCCAAACAAAGGGCUGUGCCUACAUACACACCUGCAGCUCCUCACUUGCUGUGGAAAGCAACGUCUGUAACCGUAUCGUGCGCGCACGCGCAGUGUGUGGUCUGAUGUGAUGGACCUGGAUCCGUGGGCAGUAUUUAGCGGGACGGGGCGGAGGUACAAACCGCUGCACUUUACCAGGAGGCGUCUGUACGGACAAAAGAUUGAUGCAAUAUUUCCUCAUCGUAACAGCCUUAUUAGACGAGCGAUGCCUUCAUGUGACAGGGAUCCUUGUCUCUCUUCCUGUAGCUUGGCUGCGCCCGUUUGUCAGGAGCUUUGGAGCACAGGGCGCAUCACGCAGAUAACCUGAGCAAUAACCGUAACCCAGCGUCUUUAGAAACAAACGGUACUGCAGUAUUAGAUGUCUCAACUCUCCUCUGUGAAUAAGAAUUGUAAAUAAUCCACAAAUUAUAUCAGACAUGCUUUGGAAAGGCCGCUAUUGCACAAAGUAUUGAGGCCCGGGUGUAUUUUUCUCUCAAGUAUGUCAAUGCAGAUGAAGCCGCUCUGUAUUUUUCAAGCCGGUUUCCCUGAGCGUCCCUUCCCGUUUGUCCUUCUUCCAUCGGAAAGUUUGACGUUUUAGCGAGGCACUUUUGCAACAAGUGAAUCGAAGGCUGGCAGAAGCGCAGGUUUUUUUUAUGGUCUCACCGCAGUAUAAUGGAGGCGAGGACAUGGACACCUCCCUUCACCAGCAGCGACCUCUCACCACCCCUGACACGUCAUGGAUCACCUUCUUCUGUUGACUGUAUUGACUCGCUGAAUCUACCUUUUCCAGAUGCGCAAUCCAAAGAUAUUUUUCCACGUCUUUGUAUAGUUUUUAUUGUCUGCUGUACAUUUUUAUGAUACGCUCUAAUACGUAGCUGGUAAGUGGGUACAUAUCAUGUGAGAGGUGGUUUCCGUGCUGCGUGGGGGAGGGGCCACAGCGUAGAGUUCACCCCCUGGACAUUAAGAACUGUGAGGAAGAGACGUCAGUGGGAUGGUUCUCCAGCAGAAAUAUCAAAUCAGCUUCUAUUUUUAUGGGAACGGCAGCAUUUCUCUGCUCCAGCUUUGUUACUCCAGCAACAAGUAGCAUUGGAGAAAAGACAAGCUCAUGUAAACAUGUUAUUUUGAUUAACUGAAGGUAUGAUAAGCUGUCAUUUUACAUUAUGUAUAUUACAGAGGUUUCUGUCGAUGUUGAUAUUGAUGUAAAUACAAAUUUCUAUUUAAACA